GCUUUAGUGCUGACUUGGAGCUGUACUUCCGGGCGGUGCUGUCACAAUCUAGUAGCCCCGCCCGGAAAGUGGACACGGAGACACCGGGAGAUUUGUGCAUUUGACAAGAAACUAGAAAACAUAUGACAUAUCCAUUUAAACCUCCUACAAGGCACUCCCUCACAUCACACUAAUGGAGUCUCAGAACACAACAAAGCUCAUCUCCCGCAAGAGAAGAAAAGAUGUUGGCGGAUCCAAUGGGACAACCGAUCAAGAGUCUGUUCUUAGAAAAGUUCCUCGAUUUAUGACGGUUGGUAAUUGGGGUGUAAGUGAGCCUGCACCAUUCUCAGAUGAAAUACAGAUUGACCAUGAAAAGCCAUACACAAGAGUAACAAUGGAAGAAGCAAAGACGGGGACGCCACCUGACAGACCAGUGAGGGUUUAUGCGGAUGGUAUCUUCGACUUAUUCCACUCUGGACAUGCCCGAGCUUUAAUGCAAGCAAAGAAUCUCUUUCCUAACACAUACCUGAUUGUAGGAGUCUGUAGUGAUGAGUUGACACAUAACCUGAAGGGCUUCACAGUGAUGAAUGAGGAAGAACGGUAUGAUGCAGUUCAGCACUGUCGCUACGUAGAUGAGGUGGCGAGGAACGCACCAUGGACGCUCACCCCAGAAUUCCUUGAGGAGCACAGGAUUGACUUUGUGGCCCAUGAUGAUAUCCCUUACUCAUCUGCAGAAAGUGAUGACGUUUACCAGCACAUAAAAGACGCAGGAAUGUUUGCACCAACCCAGCGCACAGAAGGAAUCUCUACAUCUGACAUCAUUACUAGGAUUGUACGAGAUUAUGAUGUCUAUGCUCGCCGAAAUCUUCAGCGUGGCUACACUGCAAAGGAGCUUAAUGUCAGCUUCAUAAACGAGAAGAAGUACAACCUACAGGAGCGUGUGGAUAAGGUGAAAAAGAAAGUGAAGGACGUGGAGGAAAAGUCUAAGGAAUUUCUGGAGAAGGUAGAAGUGAAAAGCAUUGACUUGAUCCAGAAAUGGGAGGAAAAGUCCAGGGAAUUCAUUGGUAACUUCCUGGAAAUGUUUGGCCCAGAAGGAGCUUUGAAACACAUGCUGAAGGAAGGCAAGGGGAGAAUGCUUAAUGCCAUCAGCCCUAAACAAAGCCCAAGCAGCAGUCCUGCGCGAGAACGCUCUCCUUCCCCAUCUUUCCGCUGGCCCUUCUCCAGAACCUCCCCACCUGCAUCUCCAGGCAGAAGGUCUCGAUCUGCGGCCGCUGCUUAUGACAUCAGUGAGGAUGAAGAGGACUAAGUUGCUAUCUUUUCCCUCUUGUGCAAUCCUUCCCACCAGCUGCUGAUUCCAUAUUUUCUGAUUGCCAGGAAAAAAGCCACAUAGAAAGGAGGUUGGACUUGUUGUAAACCCCAUAAACCUGAAGAUGAUCUAGACCGCGUGGCACUGAAUAAGAUGCUCGCUUCUUACCUACAAAUAACCAUAAUAAUUUUGUUUUCAUUUUUUUUGUAUGAAAUCAGUCUGUCUUUUUAAUGAACUAGACGUCCGAAAUCUUUCUUCAUUCUUGAUUUGUCUUCUAUUUUUCUGGAAGGUAUUAUCGCAUGGGAUUGUUGCACCUCAUUAUAACCCUUUUAUUACUUGAACCUUAAACAUCAUUUCUGCUGCGAGCUCCCAUUUCACAGGACUGUAACGGAUUUUAAUGGAGGACAGGUUUUCAAAUUCAAGUGGCACAGGGAGAAUGUUUGUUUUUAUAUGUGUCAGUGUGAAGGCAUUAAUGAAACUUUACUGAGCUAUGGGAGUAGUGACCAGUCACAUGCUUUCUGUUUUAAACAUUACCCCAUGGAAUUUAGCCAUUUCUCAUUAAAAGUGCCUGUUGUCAUAAAA